AAAACGGCGCUUGUCAUAACAUUUCAACCGCUAAGACGCAACGAGUCAACGGCCGAACUGAGACAGACACUCAUUGGAUCCGUUCCCAUGGCUUCAGCUAAUGCUCCGCCUUCUCCACCGGCUGCGGCGGCGCCGGGAGAUCUCAUCCAUGUGUUCUGGCACGAAGGGAUGCUGCGCCACGACGCAGGCAGAGGCGUGUUUGACUCCGGGAUUGACCCGGGGUUCCUAGACGUGCUGGAGAAUCACCCCGAGAAUGGCGACAGGGUGAGGAACAUGAUCUCCAUUCUCAAACGAGGCCCAAUUUCACCAUUCGUUGCUUGGCACCAUGGCAGAUCUGCUCUCGUCUCCGAAUUGAUCUCCUUCCACACCCAGGAGUAUGUGAAUGAGCUGAUUGAAGCAGAUGGAAGUGGCGGGAAAGAACUUUGUUCCGGAACAUUCUUAAACCCAGGGUCAUGGGAAGCUGCCCUACUUGCGGCUGGUACAACGUUGUCUGCAAUGAAACACAUACUUGAUGGAGGUGGGAACAUUGCCUACUCUUUGGUGAGGCCGCCCGGCCAUCAUGCCCAACCUUCUCAAGCCGAUGGCUAUUGUUUCCUCAACAAUGCUGGCCUUGCAGUGCAACUAGCUCUAGAUUCUGGCCACACAAAGGUUGCGGUUAUUGACAUUGAUGUCCAUUAUGGGAAUGGGACUGCUGAAGGGUUUUAUUGUUCUGAUAAGGUUCUUACGAUCUCUCUUCAUAUGGAUCAUGGAUCGUGGGGCCCAUCUCAUCCGCAGAAGGGUACCGUGGAUGAGCUUGGUGAGGGAAAAGGGUUUGGGUAUAAUUUGAAUAUACCCUUGCCUAAUGGAACGGGAGAUAGGGGUUAUUGUUGUGCCAUGACACAUAUAGUCAUCCCUGCGAUCGAGAAGUUUGAGCCUACUUUGAUAGUUUUUGUUGUAGGCCUGGACUCGAGUGCAUUUGAUCCAAAUGGAAGGCAAUGCUUGACAAUGGAGGGUUACAGGGAGAUAGGAAGGAAAGUUCGUGGCCUUGCAGACAAAUAUAGCAAUGGGAGAUUAUUAAUUGUCCAAGAAGGCGGGUACCACAUCACUUAUUCAGCUUAUUGCCUGCAUGCAACUCUCGAAGGCGUUCUCAAUGUUUCUGAACCUCUAUUGUUUGAUCCUAUUGCUCAUUACCCCGAAGAUGAAUCGUUCCCCACAAAAGUUAUCGAGGCAAUAAAAAACUACCAGAAAGAUACAGUCCCAUUCUUGAAGGAUUCUUAGUCAUGAGGCACUUAUGAAAGAUGCACUUUCCUUCCUGAAUUAUGUAAGUAUGUAACAACAGGUGCAUGUUAUAUGUGUGUGUGUGUGUAUGACUUAUGUUCACAAUGUAACAAAAAGUUCAAUUUUAGACUUUUAGGCUAUGUUUGGGAGUUGGAUUUUGAUUGGAAAUAGAAGAGAGGGUUUUAU